AUGAACACAGUGUUGAACUCACGCUUACUGGAUUUUGGGAGCGAGGAUACUAUGCGCUUAUCCCUAGUGGCCGCUGCAUUGCUCUACUUCUUGUUACAAAGCCUUAUUGGCAUCCCAGAAUAUGAACAGGCCCGCCUCCGAGAAUUGUACAGCGUUCCGCAACAAAAUCUAUUUCCAGCAGGGGUGCCUUGCAAUUUGCAAAGACGGAGCAGAAACAUUUGUGAUACUCUCAUGUCUCCGGCGGAUAAAGGAGCUGUUGUCUUCUGGGCAUCCCAAAGCGGCACUGCGGAGGCUCUGGCAUCUCGCUAUGCCUCUGAACUUUCGACGGCUUUUCCCUUGAGGGCGAUGACUGCCAACCUGGCAGACUACGAUCAUAGACAUAUGCCAAAAGUACCGUCCCAAGCACUCUUGGUGUUUAUUUUGUCAACAUUCGGUGACGGUGACCCUCCUGAUAACGGCACCGCGCUUCUCGAGUCCCUUCACCAGCUUCGCAAGCAAGGUGGCAACCUGAACAAUGUUCGAUAUCACAUUUUCGGCUUGGGGAAUUCCAACUAUACCUACUUUAACAAAUAUGCGCUCGAUAUCGACGGUAUGCUGAAGGGUAUGGGCGCUACGAGGCUAGGUCGGCUUGGUCUGGGUAACGAUCGUGAAAACUCCACCGAGGAGGAUUUUGUGGCCUGGAAGAAUGAGACCAUCCAGCAAGUGGCCAGAACAUUGCAUCUGCGGCCCGUGGAACGAGAAUAUUCCCCUCGCAUACAAAUUCGCCCUUGUGACACAAGGCACGGAGUCUCGCCAACCGUUUAUUAUGGCGAGCCACAGUAUGCUCCUCCCACUGCUGAUAGGAGUACCACCGUUGUUCUUCCUAUUAUACAGGCAAAACAGCUUAUGCUCUCCAAAGAGGCCAUUGGCGAGCCUGAGAGUUCACGGGAAUGCGUUCAUCUGGAAUUCAGCCUUGAAGGCCACCCCUCUAUCACCUACGAGACAGGAGACUACCUCUUUAUUUGGCCGGUUAAUCCGGAACAGGAAGUCUCGGCGCUGCUGAAAGUUUUGGGCGUUUGGAACAUGCGCAAGAAUAUUAUCGAUAUCGUACCGGCGGACGAUACCUCGAGCUCGAACAUUCGAAUCCCAACCCCUACGACCAUGGAGAGUCUGUUCCGUUACUUCCUUGACAUAUGCGGACCUGUGUCUAGGGAACUUGUCCGUGGUAUUGCUGAAUUAACCUCGGAUGGUGAUUUCAAACGUCGACUCGAGGCACUCACAAGGGAUCGCGACGCCUUUUACGAAGAGGUCACGUUGAAGAAGUUGACUCUCGCUGCAGUCUUACAAGCGGCCACGACGUCACGAGGUGAAAAUGGAUCGGCAAUCAACGUAGCUGUGUCGUACGUCCUAGAGAAUCUAAAGAAGCUACAGCCUCGCAGCUAUUCCAUUUCGUCGUCCGCCGCUGUGGACCCCCGUGUUGCGGCCAUCACAGCACUCGCAGUCAGUGGUGUUAUGGUGGCCACGUGCCGAUCACAUGCCGUUGCCUGGAAUCUAACCUUCUACAUAUCUCUCUCACCGCUCCAAGAAGUGGCCCUCCUCGUCCUCCUUGCGAGACAUCAUCGUGCCCUUAUCAUCGCUUCCGUGGCAGCCAACAAACUACCACUACUCAACUGCAGGGCCCCGUGGUCUAUUGAAGGGGGGAAGGUUUUCGCCCAUAUCCGCCGAAGUAACUUCAAACUGCCACCAGACCCAUCAACUCCGAUCAUCAUGAUCGGCUCCGGAACUGGCGUUUCGCCUUUCCGUGCUUUUGUUCAGGAGCGCAUGGAGCUUAAGAAGCAAGGAUGCGAAGUUGGGAAAACAGUACUGCUGGUCGGUCACCGAGCUCCAGACGAAGACUACUACUAUCAGGAUCUGUGGCAAGAGGCGAGCAGGGCUCUAGGAAAGAGGUUUGAAGUGUACACGGCUUUUUCACGAGUCGAUACACAACCGCGCCAAUACGUUCAAGAUUUGUUGGCAACCAAGUCUGACCUGGUUCUCGACAUAUUGGCUGCUAAUCAACCAAAAGGUGGAGUUAUGUACAUUUGUGGGUCAUCACUCAUGGCAAAUGGAGUGAAGAAGUCUCUUGUGGAAAUCUGGUCUCAAGGCCAUCUGCAGUCGGUUGCUGGAACUGCCGAAGAGUGGGUUGGAGAACUUAGUUGCUUCAGGCGUUUGCAGGAGGAUUCUUGGGGAUAG